CGUCCUGGUGCAGCUGCUUCCGGAGUCCGCGGCUCCCGGCGGCUCCCCGAGGCCGCGGCCCCGACGCUGGGCCCGGGAGCGGUCCCCGCGCACAGCGCCUGGACGCGUGGGUCCUGAAGUAGGCCCGCGCUUUGCUUCGCAACUGGGGAUCUCCGAGGACAUCUUAGUUCUGACCUUGCGGAGGCCGCGUCUCUGCUGCGUGUUCGCGGGCCAGUCGGGCCACUUUGUAGAAAUCAUAGCCCGCUAAAUCAAGGGACGAACGCUGCUGGCUGGAGUUUGCUGGACACUUUCAUUCCACCUCCUAACAAAGAGAAUUCCUAUUCCUCGAGGUCCCUUGGGGCAGCAGUUAAAGACUACACGAUCCAGGAGUACCUAGGACCUGGGGCCACCUUCCUGCCUGCUUUAUUGGAUGGAGCACUGCCUCCCCAGUUUCUGGGACACCUUGGGGUGUGGCCUUGAGACCUGUCGGCCAUGGAGCCUAGUGAUAGUACCAGUACCGCUGUGGAGGAGCCUGACAGCUUGGAGGUGUUGGUGAAGACCCUGGACUCUCAAACUCGGACCUUUAUUGUGGGGGCCCAGAUGAAUGUAAAAGAGUUUAAGGAGCACAUUGCUGCCUCUGUCAGCAUCCCAUCUGAAAAACAACGGCUCAUUUACCAGGGACGGGUUCUGCAAGAUGAUAAGAAGCUUCAGGAAUACAAUGUUGGGGGAAAGGUUAUCCACCUGGUGGAACGGGCUCCUCCUCAGACUCAGCUCCCUUCUGGGGCAUCUUCUGGGACGGGGUCUGCCUCAGCCACUCAUGGUGGGGGACCCCCGCCUGGUACUCGGGGGCCUGGGGCCUCUGUUCAUGACCGGAAUGCCAACAGCUAUGUCAUGGUUGGAACCUUCAAUCUUCCUAGUGACGGCUCUGCUGUGGAUGUUCACAUCAACAUGGAACAGGCCCCGAUUCAGAGUGAGCCCCGGGUACGGCUGGUGAUGGCUCAGCAUAUGAUCAGGGAUAUACAGACCUUACUAUCCCGGAUGGAGUGUCGAGGAGGGCCCCAACCGCAGCACAGUCAGCCGCCCCCGCAGCCACCAGCUGUGACCCCGGAGCCAGUAGCCUUGAGCUCUCAAACAUCAGAACCAGUUGAAAGUGAAACACCUCCCCGGGAGCCCAUGGAGGCAGAAGAAGUGGAGGAGCGUGCCCCAGCCCAGAACCCGGAGCUCACUCCUGGCCCAGCCCCAGCGGGCCCAACACCUGCCGCGGAAACAAACGCACCCAACCAUCCUUCCCCUGCGGAGUAUGUCGAGGUGCUCCAGGAGCUACAGCGGCUGGAGAGUCGCCUCCAGCCCUUCUUGCAGCGCUACUAUGAGGUUCUGGGUGUUGCUGCUACCACGGACUACAAUAACAAUCACGAGGGCCGGGAGGAGGAUCAGCGGUUGAUCAACUUGGUAGGGGAGAGCCUGCGACUGCUGGGCAACACCUUUGUGGCACUGUCUGACCUGCGCUGCAAUCUGGCCUGCGCGCCCCCACGACACCUGCAUGUGGUGCGGCCUAUGUCUCACUACACCACCCCCAUGGUGCUCCAGCAGGCGGCCAUUCCCAUACAGAUCAAUGUGGGAACCACUGUGACCAUGACAGGAAAUGGGACUCGGCCCCCCCCAACUCCCAAUGCAGAGGCACCUCCCCCUGGUCCUGGGCAGGCCUCAUCCGUGGCUCCGUCUUCUACCAAUGUCGAGUCCUCAGCUGAGGGGGCUCCCCCACCAGGUCCAGCUCCCCCGCCAGCUACCAGCCACCCGAGGGUCAUCCGGAUUUCCCACCAGAGUGUGGAACCCGUGGUUAUGAUGCACAUGAACAUUCAAGAUUCUGGCACACAGCCUGGUGGUGUUCCGAGUGCUCCCACUGGCCCCCUGGGACCCCCUGGUCAUGGCCAAACCCUGGGCUCCACCCUCAUCCAGCUGCCCUCCCUGCCCCCUGAGUUCAUGCACGCCGUCGCCCACCAGAUCACUCAUCAGGCCAUGGUGGCAGCUGUUGCCUCCGCGGCCGCAGCCCUCUUCGGUCUCUCUCUUUUGCCACCCACAGGACAGCAGGUGCCAGGCUUCCCAACAGCUCCAACCCGGGUGGUGAUUGCCCGGCCCACUCCUCCACAGGCUCGGCCUUCCCAUCCUGGAGGGCCCCCAGUCUCUGGGACACUGCAGGGCGCCGGUCUGGGUACCAAUGCCUCGUUGGCCCAGAUGGUGAGCGGCCUUGUGGGGCAGCUUCUUAUGCAGCCAGUCCUUGUGGCUCAGGGGACCCCAGGUAUGGCUCCACCGCCAGCCCCUGCCACUGCUUCCGCCAGUGCUGGCACCACCAACACAGCUACCACAGCUGGGCCCGCUCCUGGGGGGCCUGCCCAGCCUCCACCCGCCCCUCAACCCUCCACGGCUGAUCUUCAGUUCUCUCAGCUUCUGGGGAACCUGCUUGGGCCUGCAGGGCCAGGGGCUGGAGGGCCUGGUGUGGCUUCUCCCACCAUCACUGUGGCGAUGCCUGGUGUCCCUGCCUUUCUCCAGGGUGUCACUGACUUCUUGCAGGCAACACAGACAGCCCCUCCACCACCCCCACCUCCUCCACCCCCACCACCUGCCCCAGAGCAGCAGACCAUGCCCCCACCAGGCUCCCCUUCUGGUGGUGCAGGGAGUCCUGGAGGCCUGGGUCUUGAGAGCCUGUCACCGGAGUUUUUUACCUCAGUGGUGCAGGGUGUGCUCAGCUCCCUGCUGGGCUCCUUGGGGGCUCGGGCUGGCAGCAGUGAAAGUAUUGCUGCCUUCAUACAACGCCUCAGUGGAUCCAGCAACAUCUUUGAGCCUGGAGCCGAUGGGGCCCUUGGAUUCUUUGGGGCCCUGCUCUCUCUUCUGUGCCAGAACUUCUCUAUGGUGGAUGUAGUGAUGCUUCUUCAUGGGCAUUUCCAGCCACUACAACGGCUCCAGCCCCAACUGCGAUCUUUCUUCCACCAGCACUACUUGGGUGGUCAGGAGCCCACACCCAGUAACAUCCGGAUGGCAACCCACACAUUGAUCACAGGGCUAGAAGAGUAUGUGCGGGAGAGUUUUUCCUUGGUGCAGGUUCAGCCAGGUGUGGACAUCAUCCGGACAAACCUGGAAUUUCUCCAAGAGCAGUUUAAUAGCAUUGCUGCUCAUGUGCUGCAUUGCACAGAUAGUGGAUUUGGGGCCCGGUUGCUGGAGUUGUGUAACCAAGGCCUGUUUGAAUGCCUGGCCCUGAACCUGCACUGCUUGGGGGGACAGCAGAUGGAGCUUGCUGCUGUUAUCAAUGGCCGAAUUCGUCGUAUGUCUCGUGGGGUGAAUCCCUCCUUGGUGAGCUGGCUGACCACUAUGAUGGGACUGAGGCUUCAGGUGGUACUGGAGCACAUGCCUGUAGGCCCCGAUGCCAUUCUCAGAUACGUUCGCAGGGUUGGUGAUCCCCCCCAGCCACUUCCUGAGGAGCCAAUGGAAGUUCAGGGAGCAGAAAGAGCUUCCCCUGAGCCUCAGCGGGAGAAUGCUUCCCCAGCCCCUGGAACAACAGCAGAAGAGGCCAUGUCCCGAGGUCCACCUCCUGCUCCUGAGGGGGGCUCCCGGGAUGAACAGGAUGGAGCUUCAGCUGAGACAGAACCUUGGGCAGCUGCAGUCCCCCCAGAAUGGGUCCCUAUUAUCCAGCAGGACAUUCAGAGCCAGCGGAAGGUGAAACCACAGCCCCCUCUGAGUGAUGCCUACCUCAGUGGUAUGCCUGCCAAGAGACGCAAGACGAUGCAGGGUGAGGGCCCCCAGCUGCUUCUCUCAGAGGCUGUGAGCCGGGCAGCUAAGGCAGCCGGAGCUCGGCCCCUGACGAGCCCCGAGAGCCUGAGCCGGGACCUGGAGGCACCAGAGGUUCAGGAGAGCUACAGGCAGCAGCUCCGGUCUGAUAUACAAAAACGGCUGCAGGAAGACCCCAACUACAGUCCCCAGCGCUUCCCCAAUGCCCAGCGGGCCUUUGCUGAUGAUCCUUAGCUCUUUGCUCUACGGCCCUUCCUCAUCAGAGGACCGUUUCCCCCCUCUUCCUUCACAGUAUUUAAGAAAUAAAAGUCGGAUUUUUCUGGCUGCUUUCUCUCUA